GCUUUCACGUUCCAAGUGUGAGGUGCCUGUUCUGUUCGGUUCCACCAGUUCUCCCAACAUUAAUUUACCACUGAAUGUUCCACCGAUUAACUAAUCACGAAAAAGAUACACCCGAGUAGUCAAUGUGAAAUCAAAAAAUUCCCGGAGGCAGGACAAUCCUGGGACCUCGACCUAUCGACACAAUUUUUAUUCCGGGUCCUCCCACCUCCUGCAGGACUUUUUGUGCCUUUUGUUCCGUCGAUCUCAAGUGGAGGGAAAUACUGGUGAAAAAAUGGUGGGGAUGGGAAUAUCCGGGUUUUUAAUCGAUCUCAGAAUGUACGGACGAAUCAAUUGAAUGCGAUCGAUUUUGGGCUGACCCAUGGGAAAAUAGAGGAGCCAACGACCUGGGAUCACUCCAGUUUCAAAUGUGACAGACUGAAAUUUUUAUUGUGAAAUUAUUCCUGUGUGAUUCGUCGGGGAUAUUGUGAUCAGCUGUUAUAUACAUUGGAGUAAUCCAGAUGCCUCCGAUGCUGGACCAUUGGAACUACCUGGGAUGCAAUCCGUCCAGUCUACAACUGAAUAAUUGUAACGAUGCUGUCGUACAUGUUACCGAACGGCGACAAACCACCUCCUGGAGAAACUCAAUCCUGCAGUCAUUCAACUCGAAUUCAAAAUCGUGGAGACAGUCAGAUGACGCGCAAUGGAAUCAGUAAGACAUCACCAUCAACAACAACGAUGAUUACAACAACUAUAUCUACAAAUAGAAAUGAUAAUGACGGUAGUGAUCGUUUGGGUAACGAUAUGAACGAGAGCCCCAAGCACAAUGGUGGAACAACAGCGAGAAAAUCGACACUGCAUACAUCAAGAAUCAGCAAAGAUGAUAGUUUGCACAGCAUUAACAGCGAGGCGAGUACCGGUGGCAGUGACAGGAAGUCGAAAAUUGCCAAUGGCGCCAAACAUGCCAGUCUCAAAAGGGUGUCCUUUGGAUCGAGCAAAGGCUCCAUGGUGGAGACCCUGGUGUACGAAACUCCAGUCCAGGAAGAACCGGAGAUCAAUCACUUCUCAGAUCAUAAUGGUCGGCUACCGAUGAUGCCAGUGCCCGACACCGACGAGGGAAGGGAGAAAGUCCGGGUGGCAUUUCUUGGCCCACAGCCCCAUCCCUCCACACCAGGUGUCCUUCUCCUUGACCCUGUGUUACCCUCGUUGGGAUACAUCGACGCAAUGUCAACUGGACCAGCUGAACUCCUCACAACCCACACCGAGCACACAUCGCCUGCUUAUCAUGCUCAAAUCAGCACUGACAGCGGCUGGGACAAUCCAUUCAGACCCGAUGGCGAUCUAUCACGAGAGGCUGAUGAGAUCGUUGAAUUAAUAAAAGGUGGCAAACCCAUAACACCAACACCUGGACAAAAUUCACCACCUUUACCAGGUUGUGAUGGUAAAACUGGUGAUGAUCUUGAUUCUAGUACCAGUCCUUUACUGAAUUCGGGACACGUUACUCAUGGCAAUGGCACACCUCAUGGAAACCAAAAUGCCAAGCAGCCCGUCAACGAGAAGGUUGCAUCGGUAACAAGUACAGCAACAGUCGAAGUUGGAAGAGUGACAGCACAGGGGCCAGGUGAUGCGUCACAAGUGGAACAUGUGACAUUGAAGAAAAAGCCCAAGUGCAAGUGUUGCGUUCUCCAGUAACGGAUGUGGUGUGAAAUGAGUUAUUGAAAAUUAAAGGGAAUAAUGAAAAAGUGAGCCCAACAGGGACUAAGGACAAAUGUCAGGGUCUUGAAUACUUUCAGUCGAGAUGGAAUCUCUGAUUAUCAUUUUAUCCUCGGUGCAUGGCUAAUUCCGUAUAUUUGACUGACUGUACAGAGGGAGAUGCGAAAAAUAAAUUUUUUCUUUUUAUAUUUCAAUUCGUGGACCACCAAUGUCCCACUCUGCGUGAAGAAAUAAGUAAAGCACUCACUCUGCCACGCUUUUUUCUUCUUUUUCAAGUGAGAAUGAGAACAGAACGUCAAGCUCUAGUGCUGAAAGAUAUUGAUCGAUAUACAAGAAAAUUAUAUAUAUUAAAGUAUAUUGUAGAUACAGAAUGGUAGCUAUAUAGCUUAUAUGCUUUUAUUAUUGUGGUUAUUUAUCGUUAAGGUUAAUCGUGAUUAAUCGGGAGACGAGAGGGAGUAAUUGAAGGGUAAUUGGACAGAUGAAUGAUUGCAAUAGCUGGACGAGUAUGGGCAUAGAAAUUCAAAUAUUCCAUUCGAGUAGUUGGUUUUUUUUUUGAUCAGUAAAUUGGGAGAAAUAAUUUGGAAUGAUCUUUCAUUUUUUCUUCUUCUACAAGCAGAAAUUUUGCAGGAACUAUUGAUGGGUGAGACAAUGUAAAUAGUACAGAGCGUUAUCAUACGUUUUGAAAUUGCGCUGAUACGGAAAUGGAAUGGGAAUAAAUGUUUAUACGAAAUGUAUUUCGGGUACAUAAAUAAGAGAAUGCUAUUUUGAAUGGCAGUUCAUGUGGAUGUGAACUCUCGGUGUACUGUUUGAGCUCUGGAGGAACAAAAAUGUUUGACAGAUGGAAAAAUCCUUGAUCGUGCACAAGUCAUUCAUUGUAUGUUGAAAUUGCAAUAAUUCAAUCAUUCAGUCUAAUGGGGAGAUAUUUAUUUUGAGUAGAUUCUUAAAAUGUGGUUUUAACGUUGAAAAAAUUGUAAGGGAUGUUUUCAAUUGAGUUACUUACAGAUUUCGAUGCAACGGAAUCAGUUUUAUUUCCAUUCCCCAGGAGAUUUUAUUUUCUGAAAUGAGUGUAUAAAUAUUUAAUCAAUAUCGAAAUAUUUAUAAAACGGAUGACAAAAAUAUAAUGUGUAUGUAAAUUCACAUAAGUAUUUGUUUUUUAAUUGUUUAAAAGUGAAUUGAAUGGAGGAUAAGAUUUUAAAAUUGAUGAUUGUUCUGUCAAAAUGUAUCAUAAAUUCUUGUAAUUAUAUACAGAGUGACAAAUCCUAAAUAUUUAUUUAUUCUGGAAAAUUAAUGAGAAUAAGUGUGAAUUAUUUGCAUUUCUAUUUAAUUGAUAUUGCCCACUCGUCUAUUUCCUUGAUCAUUGAAUGAAACUAGAAUGAAAAAAUCAAAUAAUCAGUCCGAUGGGAUAAUGAUGAUGUUCCCAUGGAACAACGACAAGUAAUAAACAAGAAUCGAUCAAAUUAUAAAUUCACGGUGAAAUCAUAAUUUGGCAACGAUCUGUGUUUCUAAUAAUUAUUUUUUAUUAUCACAAGAGACUGUUCGUUGGAUGUGAGGUGGCAAAGAUAGUAAAUGAAAAACGAUAAAGAUAAAACCUAAUGAAGUGAAAUUUUCAAUUUUUCUAUUCAAUACCCAAAGUGUCCCAAAUAGAGAAAAUUUCGAUAAAUUGACAUUUCUGCAGUUGAAACUAUCAAAAAUGAAUGAUUACUAUUUACAAAAAUAUUAAGGGAGUUAUAUAAUUUUUACCGAGCCCGGAUUUCACAAGAGCUCAGCAGUUCUUUGUGCAAUUCCUCUUCUUCUCAAUUUCGCAAUUAGAUCGAUGCAGGUAAAAAUAAAAGAGAGAGAUGAGAAAUUGAUGAGAAACUUAGGCUUCCGCUUUUUCACUAAUUCAAAUUCAGAUGAUGAUUUACGAGCGGAAAUUAAAUCGCCUGUGUACGUCCGGCGGUCGCAUCUAAACUCUCACUCAAGAAUACAAAAUAAAAAUAAUAAACAAGCAGACGGGCUAUCGAAUUCCCAAUGGCCCCGGGAUUUCCUCACAAAACAAAUGUUCGAUUUUGCAGCCGGACAGUACCAGAUUGUGAUCCUAUUUUUUAACUUAAAAAUAAAUCGUAAGUUUUAGCCGCUGAUUAAGUUUGUAUAAGUGUGAGAAAUAAUUCAAAUAACUGAAUUAAAAAUGAUGUUAAGUUUUA